CCAAAUUCUCAAACAUUGUUAUGUGACAGCAUGUAAAUGUCCUUAAUCCAGUAAUCUGUCAUAUUUUACAUUAGAACAGGAUUUACCAGAAAGUCUAAACUCUCAUCUUUUCAGGAAGUCUUCAUUUUUGUGUCCUAUCAGCCGUUUCCAUCCUGUUAUAUCAGCAAUGAAACAUUAUAAAUACACACACCGUGUUGGAAACCUGAGUUUGGGGACUUUAAUCUGUCCGGCUCGAGGGACAGAAGUUGAAGAAAGGCGGAUUGUCUUGGCGUUUAGAAUAACAACACAAGACCUCCUUAAUUUAUUUAUUUUAUCAUUUUAUUAGCUGCUGGUUAAACUGAAUGUUAUGACCUUAACCCGCGGAAAUGAUCAGAUUUUCACGGGGACAGAAUUUGGCACCGGUCCGGUCCGGAAGAGCUGAAGGCGGAGCGCGUCGUUAAGUUACCGUCAUAUUUUCACCACUUUAUAAAUGAGUUUCAACCUAAACAUUUAAUUAGCUAAAUGUUUAAUACCAUAAAUAUUUAGCUGCAUACUAAGUAGCUUGCUUUAUUUAGUUUGAAGCUAACAACCUAGCUAAUUAUUUAGCCAACAGACAUAAAUGUUUGGGUAACAUGAACAUUCACAAGCAGAAGUAUCAAAAUAAAACCUGGAUUUUGAUAACUUUUUAAAAAAUGUUUGUGAGACCGAAUCCUUCGCUGUGGUUGUGAAAUAUUGAGCUAAACAGGUGGGACGGGUUCUACCUGAGCCAGAACCUGAUCCACUGUUUUCAAGCGGAGUGAGAGCUCUGACUGUCUGACCUAUCUGUGUAGCAGGAGGCGGAUAAAAAGCUGCUGCAUCACCUGCUGCAUCUCAGACCCGAACCUGGACCCGGUGUUGUUCAGAUACGAGUCCCGGUCCGGCUCAGCCAGCGGUUCUGCUCUCUGACCCGCUGCUGGUCCCUGAGGUCCAGUUCCUCCUCCUCCGGUCCGGUUCUGCUCGGAGCGCCGGAACCAGGCGGCCUGACUGAUCGGAGAUGCCGGUUCGGAUCCCGGACGACUCGGACUUCUCCUCCUUUAAGGAUCAGUGUCUGAGUCCGGACGGAUGGAGCAGCCGGUACAACAAGGGCGGAGUGACGGUGUGGUGCCGCGAGCAGGACAGCAGCUCGGUCCAGAAGAUCAAGAUGAGGAUCGUAUGCAAAGACGUGACGGCAGAGACGCUGUACGACGUCCUCCAUGACACCAGCUACCGAAAGAAGUGGGACACCAACAUGAUCGACACCUACGACAUCGGCAGGCUGACGGUCAACACAGACGUGGGAUAUUACUCCUGGAAAUGCCCGACGCCUCUGAAGAACCGAGACUUUGUGACGAUGCGGUCUUGGCUUCCGCUCGGCAGCGACUACAUGAUCAUCAACUACUCCGUCAAACACCCGCAACAUCCUCCUAAGAAGGACUAUGUCCGAGCCGUGUCUCUGCUGACGGGCUACCUGAUCCAAUCCAACAGUGCCACCAGCUCCACCCUCUACUACCUGACCCAGGUGGACCCCCGAGGCUCUUUACCAAAGUGGGUCGUUAACAGAGUCUCUCAGUUUGUGGCUCCGAAGGCCAUGAGGAAGAUCUACAAGGCGUCUCUGAAAUACCUGGAGUGGAAGCGGAAACACGACCCGACCCUGAAGCCGUGGAUGUACCCGGAGCAGAACACGCUGCCCUCCAUCAGCCCGGCGGACCUGACCCUGCAGCGCGCGGACUCUCUGGAGAACAUCGACGAGAGCGGCGUGAGAGAGGAGAAGGCGCAGCACAGCGACGACGAGGAGACCUAGGAGUUUGUCUCCAUUGACGGACUGUCCUCCUCUCACCCGCUGGUUGUUGGUUUGCUUGAUGACCUCCAGCUGGAGACGUUUCCCACUGCCGGUCCUCCAGUGUCUGUCCUCUGCCUCCUCUCCGAAACCUUCUGUCCACACCGUGACCUCUGAAUGACCAAAGGUCGUCCACAGACUGACCAAACUGUCCAGACACUGACCUCUGCCUACACCAGGGGUGUCCAAACCUUUUGUCAUGUCGGUCAAAAGGAUUAAAUAGGCCAAGAAAAUAAAAAAACAUAAUAAAGCAAAGACUAUAUAUUUGUAGAAACAUCUAGUUUACAAAUGAUUUUUAUAGCAAAUUGAUUCUCAGUUAUAGAAACAGGAUGUGAUCACUUCAAAAUAAAUUCAGAAAUAAAAAAACCUGAUUUUGUUGCAACAAAGUCGCCUUUUCAGUGAAAGUCUGUAGAAAAAAGUGGCUGUACUAAUUCUAAAACUUUGUUAUAAAAACACAAAUAUUGUGUCAUACUUAUUUUUUCCAUUGCAAGAAAACGAUCAUUUUCAAUGAUAACUGAUUAAAAACAAAAAGUCUUCAUCUGCACCAGCCGGCUCACAAAAAAUCAGUUCUAGGGCCACAAAUGGCCCCGGGCCGCACUUUGGACACCCCUGGUCUACGCCGUGUUCAGGCCGCCUGUCCUCAGGUUGACCCUGAGCUGCUCAACCUUUGACCUCACAGCCCCUAAGCUCCAGGUUUUCCAGGAGUUCCUUCCAGGUUUUCUAAUGAAGCGUUUAGAUGGUAUUUUUCCCAAACUGUAGUUUUAUUCCAGUGAUCUUCUAGUUUAAAUUCAACCCUAAUAAAUUACAAUCAGUAAAUAAUUAUUUUGUAGAUCUUUCCAGACUUUCUGUGAAAUUUAAGGAUGUUUCAUAUGUUGAACUGAAACUAAUUCCUCUUUAAUGAAUGAAACUGAAACAUUUUUUUACCUUUGAGACCAAAUUAAAAUGUUACUAAUUAGAAAGAUGAUCAGAUCGAUGUGAUCAAUAAAGGUUCCUGAUCCUCCGUCCCUGUGAGUCGCUGGAGGUGAUGACGUCAUCCUGUUGGUUUCUGGGACCUCGGUGUCAUGAAGGUUUGCUGUAGAACCAGAAGGUUUGUUUGGAGCCAAACACAGGGGGCGCUGUUUUAAUGUUACAGUCAAACAUUAACAGCGACAAUCUGGGUCAAUUUAGCCUGUUGGAA